UUUAUGAUAGUAAAAAUUAAAUAAGAACUGCGUGUGUUCUGCAUCUUGUUUCAAGGUCUAUUGAAACGAAUUAGAUGCGGAAAAAAAAAGCUCGUCGAAUUAGAAAUCGAUGGUUUGACGACAUAGAAGUAAUUCAGGUGCAACGUUUGCGUCACAGGUUUUCAUUUCAGUUGACAUCAAGAGCAAUGCAAGGUUUCACUCCCACAAAAUUUGCCUGGUGACUGCUCGUAUCUCAUUAGAUGUAUUGAGCAAUCAAUAAGUGAAUACACUGAGCAAGCUUCCUAUCAGAAUGGCGGCCAUUUAUGGUUCCUAUGAACACAUCUGGAACAAGUCCAUCGACGAAGAGUACCGUCUUUUGCUGAGUUUCCUGAAAAAAGAUUUUCCAACAAUCAAUUUGAUUGGUGGUGUGGUUAUAGCGACAUUUGCACCGGUGAUCAUGGUGUCGAACGCCAUUGUCAUUACUGCAAUAUGGAAAGAUCCUUACAAACAACUACGAGCCUCGCCAUCCAACAUCAUCAUUGCAAGUAUGGCGGUUUGCGACUUCUUAGUUGGUGCUGUCUGUAGUUUUAUGCAGUGUUAUUGGUUGUUAAGUAUGGCUGUUCAAGCAGAUUUCUCGUUUUAUGCCGCUUCUUGUGCAUUUGGCAUCGGUUUGUUUUUGAUUGGAGUGUCCGUUUUUCAUGUUCUCGCAUUAACGAUCGAUCGAGUGAUCUCGGUGACUAACCCUCUGCUCUACAAAGUUCGUGUUACCAAGAAAAGGGUGACUUAUACUGUGUCUAUAAUAUGGAUAUUUUUUAUUAUCAUGGGUGGCUUGACUGUACCUUUAUACAAUCACUACUACAUUCACUCUAUCUUGGGAGCUUUCAUCGUUUUGUUUGCUGUUUUAGCAGUUUCUUUCUUCUCUUUUUACAUAGUACUUAAAGUAAGACAACAGCAACACGAACUUAAAGAAGUCAACGCCAUUUCCAUGAAAAAUGGUUCAAUAAAACUACGAGAAAAAAAGUUGACAAAAUCUAUCGUGCUUAUUGCAGUUAUCCUUCAAGUUUGUUUCGCUCCACUGUGUAUCUUUUCCAUGCUUCUUUUAAUGUGCUCUGUUUGUCACGGUCAUGUGAACAUUAUUAUUGGUGGAUAUUGCCUGUCUUUAGUGCUAACACACGUUAAUUCCUGCCUGAAUCCAUUCAUUUAUGCUUUUCGUCUUCCCAAGUUUAGAAAGCCUGUCAGUCUGGUUGUGAAAUGGGUGUUUUGCUGUAAGCCAAUCAUAGUUCACCUUAACGAAUGCCCAGAAUCUUCAGCUACAUCACCUAAGAUGAACAGAACCAAUAUACUGACAAUACCGGAUAGGUUAAACAGUCCUAGAUUAAACCAUCGUCAUUGUAGUGCAUUUUAGAUUGGAGAACUAUUGUUGUGUAUGGCACUGCUGUCCGUUUUUUAGGUUUAUCUGUGGAUAACUACAAGAUUGCUAGAUAAUAUAAGAUAAGAUGUACGGAAUAAGAUGUAACGGCAAAAAUGAAUAUGGAAACUGAGAGUUUUUUAUAACACUGCAGAUUAUUGAAGUAACCCUUGUUUUCCCUUUGUGUCCAUACCUUUGACAAAGCAAAUAUCGGCAGUAUUUGUCUGACGAGUUAACUGAUAUAUAUGUAUUCUGCAUGUAUUUAUAGGAAAACACUAAAAC